CCCUUCUCUGUUUUCCUUUAUAUUCAUUCCAUUUCCAACUUCCUCCAUUCUAAUAAUUUCCAAUUCUUCUAAAUUCUGCAAUACACUCAAUCUUUUUUCUCUUUCUCUCUCUCUCACACACAAAAGGUCGUUUUUUUAGUGUUUUGGAAUUGAAGUGAUGGCUUCUGAUGCUGAGGUUUCUGAGAUUUCCUCUCUGUUUGAAAGGAUGGUGAGAAACAGAGACAUGUCUCUGUUCUUGCCCUUCAUCUUUGGCUUCUCAGACUCUUCAACCAGAAGAGAUAGUGAAGACCCAGAUCAGGAAACUGAGAGUGCUGAAGAUUCUCAGCGUGAAAGAAUCAUCUUGGUGAACCCCUUCACUCAGGGCAUGGUGGUCAUUGAUGGUGCUUCAAGCCUUGAGGCUCUGUUCCGUGAGCUUGGGAAUAGUACCAAGGGUGGUCAACCACCUGCUUCAAAGGAAUCCAUAGAUGCUAUGCCAAGUGUUGAAAUUGGAGAAGGUGAAGAUUUGGAGUGUGUUGUUUGUCUGGAUAAUUUUGAGGUUGGUGGGGUGGCUAAAGAGAUGCCUUGUAAGCAUAGAUUUCAUACCAAUUGUAUUGAGAAAUGGCUGGGGAUUCAUGGGUCUUGCCCUGUUUGCAGGUAUGAGAUGCCUGUUGAUGAGAAAGAUGUGGGCAAGAAGAGUGAUGAAGAAGGGGGAGAGAGGAGGAGGGUUGGUGGAGAAGUUUGGGUUAGUUUUUCUUUCAAUAGGGAUAGGAGAAGCCAGGAUCCAAAUCAAGAUACUUCUGAUGAUUCAAGUGAUUCUUCAAGUCAUAGAGGUGAUGCUGAGCCAGAGAGUUAAAGGAGUAUAUUUUUUUGUUAGAACGUUGCUUUUCAAUUUGGUGAAGAUUAUGUACAGGCACAAAUGCACAAAAUUGUUAUCAUAUGUUUUGGGAAUAAAUAAGUUGGUGAUUUAUUUUUUUCUCA